AUGGCCUCGCCGUCGGAGUCUGCUCAGGACGUUCCUGGGUCUGAUGCUGGGUGCGAACCAGACCCGGCUAUACACCACCACACCUAUCAUCACGUUCCAGCCGAUGAUGCUGACAACAGUCACAAUGUUGUCCAAGACCCAAUUGCCACCUCUCCCAGUCAUCCGCCUGCUGCCCAAGUAACCACGCCACUUCCUUAUCCUCCUCCAGCCUCUGCUGAUACGGCCGAGGCUGCUGCUGUUGCUGCCGCAAGGCGAGAGAAGGGUCGUGUCAGAUUCAACAGUAAUGCAACGGCCUCAAAACCGCCCGUCAUCAACUUCGAACCUCCUCCACGAGUACCCGAGCGCUCGGCUACGCCUUCUCCUAAGCUAAGGCCAUCAAUUCUGCGAGCAAAUUCGUCAGGAUCCGUAGCAACAGCUGAGGAUCUGGGGAUCAAUUUGGACGCUACUUCGGAAAAGGCUAUUUCGGCCGCCGUUGCUCAAGCACGAGCUCAGCAAGUGGCCGCCAAGGUUUUGCGCGACUCUCCGCCUGGGUCCAGAGCUUCCAUGGACUCUCUAGCCACGACAGCUGCCAGCGAUGGCGGUCUUCUUCCCAGUGAUUCUCACAUUCCUCUGCGUAACUUGGCGGCUGAUGGCACAGCUGUAGACAGUCAGCCACAAACUCCCGAAAACGAAACUGACGAGGCUGCGUUGAAGGAAGAGGCAUACGACCUUGUCAGAACCCACACUCGCCGUUUUGCCUCGGCCACAGCAAACACUCUCCCCGCAGAUGAAGAGGUCAUUGUCAGCUCAGCAAACGUCCAGCCUAGCCACGUGAACGGUGGACUGUAUGAUGGCGUGUACAACGUUCCUCCACCAAAGCGAUAUCGAGGAAGCGUGCUCUCACAGCUCUUGAAGCUGUACAAGCCAACCGAGCCCAGCUUGCAUGGAGCGCAUUCCCGAAAUUGGAGCUCCUCCUCCCCAGGUGCCGUUACGCCCCCGAGUCUGGAAUCUGGCACAGCUACACCCACCAGCUCCCGCAAGAAAUGGUACGAGGUGAAUCGGUCGCAGGACACGUUGGCAAACCUUGUGGAAGCUUCCACACGCCUCGCCAAUCCAAACAAACAAGCCCCGGAGCCGAAAAGUCCGGGGAAGAAGCGUCCUGGCGCCAAACGAAGAACCAGCAGCAAUCGACUAAGCGGCUUCUGGCAGAAGGAAGAGGCCCGGAUUACUGUACAUAUUGCUGAAACUCUCUCCCGCCAAGGAUAUAUCAUCAAAUUGUGUCGAGCACUCAUGCUUUUUGGUGCACCCACUCACCGUCUGGAAGAAUAUCUAACCAUGACGGCACGCGUACUCGAAAUCGACGGCCAGUUCUUAUAUCUGCCCGGCUGUAUGCUUGUCUCAUUUGACGAUAGAUCAACCCAUACAACUGAAGUCCGGAUCGUCCGCAUCACCCAAGGCAUUGACUUGGGAAAAUUAAAAGACGUACAUCACAUCUACAAGGAGGUCAUGCACGAUGUCAUCGGUGUGGAAGAGGGUACCCGUCGACUGGAUGAGCUCUUGAAAGCCAAGGACAAGUUUCGAGCAUGGAUCCGAGUCCUCGUGUUUGGAUUGACGAGUGCAACGUGUGCCCCGUUUUCAUUUUCCGCUCGACUUAUUGACUUGCCAUUGGCCUUUUGUUUUGGCUGUUUGGUUGGGUUGUUGCAGUUGAUUGUGACACCGAAAUCAAACAUGUACAAUAAUGUGUUUGAGGUGACGGCCACCAUUGUUGUUAGUUUUCUGGCUCGAGCAUUUGGAAGUAUCAAUGAGGGAAAUUUGUUCUGCUUCUCGGCCUUGGCUCAGAGCGGAAUCGUUAUGCUUCUCCCCGGAUACUCGGUCUUGUGUUCUGCCCUGGAGCUUCAGUCCCGCGCUAUUGUCCCCGGAUCGAUUCGCAUAGUGUAUGCCAUCAUUUACUCCCUCCUCCUUGGCUUUGGCAUAACGGUUGGUGCUGCUCUGUAUGGCCUCUUUGAUAACAAUGCGACAUCGGCAACCACGUGUCAAAGUCCCAUGCCGUCGGUCUACACCUUUAUUUUCGUGCCGUUUUUUAUACUGUGUAUCAGUAUUCUGUAUCAAGCUAAAUGGCGGCAAAUGCCAGUCAUGGUCUUGAUUGCGUUUACGGGUUACAUUGUCAACUUCUUCAGCAGCAUCAAGUUCGUGGCCAGUCCUCAAAUAGCCAACACAUUGGGUGCCUUGUCUGUGGGCAUUCUUGCCAAUCUAUACUCUCGCUUGCGCCACGGCGUAGCCGCUGCCACUCUCAUUCCCGCAAUCUUUGUGCAAGUACCAGGUGGCCUGGCAUCGACUGGAGGUUUGCUGAGUGGUUUGAGUACAGCCAAUCAGCUCACCAACUCAUCAACUGUGAUCAAUGGUACGAGCACGGUAAGAUUCAUCCAAGGCGAGUCAAUGAACACAGUCGUGUUUAAUGUUGCUGCCUCGAUGAUUCAGAUUGCGAUUGGCAUUGCGGUGGGAUUGUUCAUGAGCGCAGUCGUUAUCUAUCCGUUGGGGAAGAGACGAAGCGGCCUGUUUAGUUUUUAA